ACUAUAACACCUGUUUAAAUUUAAUAUGUUAUAGAACCGGAUUUAAGAGGUAGUGUUAAUAAGUAUUUAAAUUAUUGGUUUAAAAAAUAGGCGUUAUUUAGGUGUUGUUUGUGCUUCGUGAUGUAGUCACGAUGUGGUUUACUCUAUGGAACUUGUUGCUGUGGUAUCAAACUUUUGCGGCUUUGGGUUACAACAUCAGCUCAGAUGGUGACAACGACGUGUGGUUCUUACGUUACCCUGCGCUGAAGACACAAGUCCGGCGCCAGCCCGUUACUCCAGCAUCCACUCCAUUUCCAUGCGAGGAUGCAGUUCGAUGGGGGCGCAGUCCUCAGCCUCCAACCUCAGUCCAUCGGCUACGGCCUGGAGAUAUUGACGUGAUAGCUGCCCUGGGAGAUUCCCUGAUAGCAGGCAAUGGAGCUUUAGAAGAAUAUGCGCUGGGAGCUCUUAUUGAGCAUAGAGGCGUUUCGUGGUGUGCAGGUGGCGACAAGACAUGGCGGGAGUACCUGACACUACCAAAUAUCCUAAAGGAGUUCAACCCUAAACUGAGAGGGUACUCCACGGGAACCGGAGAAUGGUUCUCGAAGAAUGCACGACUCAAUGUCGCCUUCCCGGUAGCUUCGGAUGAAGAUGCCCUCAAACAAGCCAAGAUAAUUGUAGCACGCAUGAGAGCAUCGCCGGAUAUAGAUAUCGAGAAGCACUGGAAGAUGAUAACAGUAUUCCUGGGAGACAAUGAUAUUUGUUCAGCGUCCUGCACAUCACCAGUAGCGUGGUCACCAUCCGCCCACGCAAAGAAGCUGUCCAAAGCACUAGACUACCUGCAUACACACCUACCGAGGACCAUAGUCAACCUAGUGCCAGUAUUGGACGUGUCGGUGUCUGUGCGCGUGGUCCGCUCCCCGAUGUGCCGCGCUCUGCACUCGUUGUUCUGCGCGUGCUUCCACCAAGGACGAGGCGGCCGUGAGCUGCCCGACCUCGUGCACAUGUCCACACUCUAUCAGAAGGCUGAAGCCACGCUGGUGGAGAGUGGUCGUUACGACACUCGUGAUGACUUCACCGUGGUGUGGCAGCCGUUCAUGAAGCUGUUCAACGCCCGGCUCCCCCUCAAGAAACCGCUGCCGUUUGCCAUUCACCAGUCGUACAUCACGCACGAUUGCUUCCACUUCUCGCAGAAGGGACAUGCUUUGGCUGCGAACCUACUGUGGAAUAAUUUAUUGGAACCAGUCGGGAACAAAUCAGACAACGUGCCACCAGUUCUGAUGCGGGAGUUCCGCUGUCCAUUACCAGGAGCACCUUACAUCUUCACAGCUAAGAACUCCAAGAGCUACCUCCUCACUGGCACACAAGACAUUGAUUCGUGACUAACGUGACGUAUUACUAUCAAAUACUGCCUUUACACGUACGCAAUUUCACGCGCGUUACUGUCGAUUCCCCGUCCAAUUCAAACGGGGAUCGAAAUUACGAC